UCAGGGAAGAUGCUGCGUGAGCGGACCGUGCGGCUGCAAUACGGCAGCCGCGUGGAGGCGGUGUACGUGCUGGGCACCUAUCUCUGGACCGAUGUCUACAGCGCAGCCCCAGCCGGGGCCCAAACCUUCAGCCUGAAGCACUCAGAGCAUGUGCAAGUGGAGGUGGUAUGUGAUGGACAAGCCGAGGAGGUGGCCACCAAUGACAAACAGCGCUGGGCUCUCUCACCCAGCACCACGCUACGGCUCACCAUGAGCCAGGCGAGCACCGAGGCCAGCAGCGACAAGGUCACCGUCAGCUACUAUGAGCAGGAGGCGAAGACUCUCAUUGACCAGGCGGGGCUCUUCCUCACGGCCAUUGAGAUCUCUCUGGAUGUGGAUGCUGACCGAGACGGCGUGGUGGAGAAGAACAACCCACGGAAGUCGUCCUGGACCUGGGGUCCCCAGGGCCAGGGCGCCAUUCUACUGGUGAACUGUGACCGAGACACACCCUGGCUACCCAAGGAGGACUUCAGUGAUGAGAAGGUCUACAGUAAAGAAGACCUCAAGGACAUGUCCCAGAUGAUCCUGCGGACCAAAGGCCCUGACCGCCUCCCAGCCGGUUAUGAGAUGGUUCUCUACAUUUCCAUGUCAGACUCAGACAAAGUGGGCGUGUUCUACUUGGAGAACCCAUUCUUCGGCCAGCGUUAUGUCCACAUCCUGGGCCGGCGGAAGCUCUACCAUGUGGUCAAGUACACGGGCGGCUCUGCAGAGCUGCUAUUCUUUGUGGAAGGUCUGCGUUUCCCUGAUGAAAGCUUCUCAGGCCUGGUCUCCAUUCACGUCAGCCUGUUGGAGCAUAUGGCUGAGGGCAUUCCCCUGACACCCAUCUUCACUGACAGCGUGAUAUUCCGCAUUGCUCCAUGGAUCAUGACGCCCAAUAUCCUGCCUCCAGUGUCGGUGUUUGUGUGCAGCAUGAAGGACAAUUACCUGUUCCUGAAAGAGGUGAAGAAUCUGGUGGAGAAAACCAACUGCGAACUGAAAGUCUGUUUUCAGUAUGUGAACCGGGGUGAUCGUUGGAUCCAGGAUGAAGUCGAAUUUGGCUACAUUGAGGCCCCCCAUAAGGGUUUCCCUGUGGUGUUGGACUCCCCCCGAGAUGGAAACCUAAAGGACUUCCCAGUGAAGCAGCUCCUGGGCCCGGACUUUGGCUAUGUGACCCGGGAGCCCCUCUUUGAACCCAUCACCAGCCUUGAUUCCUUUGGGAAUCUGGAGGUCAGUCCCCCAGUGACCGUGAACGGCAAGGAAUAUCUACUGGGCCGGAUCCUCAUCGGGAGCAGCUUUCCUCUGUCUGGUGGUCGAAGGAUGACCAAGGUGGUACGGGACUUCCUGCAGGCCCAGCAGGUCCAGGCACCUGUGGAGCUCUACUCAGACUGGCUGACUGUGGGCCAUGUGGACGAGUUCAUGACCUUUGUCCCUAUCCCAGGCACAAAGAAGUUCCGGAUGCUCAUGGCCAGCACCUCGGCCUGCUACAAGCUCUUCCGAGAGAAACAGAAGGAGGGCCAUGGAGAGGCUGUCAUGUUCAAAGGCUUGGCCGGGAUGAGCGGCAAGCGAAUCACCAUCAACAAGAUUCUGUCCAAUGAGAGCCUGGUGCAGGAAAACCUGUACUUCCAGCGCUGCCUGGACUGGAACCGAGACAUCCUCAAGAAGGAGCUGGGACUGACAGAGCAGGACAUCAUUGACCUGCCCGCUCUGUUCAAGAUGGACGAGGACCGCCAGGCCAGAGCCUACUUCCCAAACAUGGUGAACAUGAUCAUCCUUGACAAGGACCUGGGCAUCCCCAAGCCGUUCGGGCCCCAGGUGGAGGAAGUGUGCUGCCUGGAGACACACAUGCGCUCCCUGAUGGAGCCGCUGGGCUUCGAAUGCACCUUCAUUGAUGACAUUUCUGCCUACCACAAGUUUCUGGGGGAGGUGCACUGCGGCACCAACGUCUGCCGGAAGCCCUUUCCCUUCAAGUGGUGGCACAUGGUACCCUGA